AUGGAGAUCCCUGGAAAUGCCUUGAGUGUAUGCAUCAUUGGAUGUCUUCUUCUCUCCGGUGUUUCUGGAAAUUUUAAUUAUCAAGAUGCACUUACGAAGUCGAUUAUUUUCUUGGAGGCACAGAGGUCCGGAAAGCUUCCUCCGAACCACAGACCGUCAUGGCGAGGAGAUUCUGCUCUUCAAGAUGGAAAACUUGAAAAUGUGGAUCUUGUGGGAGGAUACUAUGAUGCAGGGGACAACGUUAAGUAUGGUCUCCCCAUGGCUUUUACUAUUACCACCUUGUCAUGGGCUGCUAUUUUUUACGGGUCAGAGCUUCAGUCAGCUGGAGAAAUAGAAAAUGUUCGUGCUGCAAUCCGUUGGGGCACUGAUUAUUUUCUGAAAGCCAGUUCUAGACGUAAUCGCUUGUAUGUACAGGUAGGAGAUCCGCAAAAAGAUCACGAAUGUUGGAAGAGGCCAGAAAACAUGAAGACGCCUCGAACUGUACUGAAAAUUGACCAAAGUACUCCUGGAACGGAGAUUGCAGCAGAGACUAGCGCUGCAAUGGCCGCUGCUUCUAUUGUCUUUAGAUACUUUGAUCAUGCCUAUUCUCGUCGCCUCCUCAACAGAGCCAAAUCACUUUUUCAAUUUGCAAAAACGUAUCAAGGAACCUAUGAUGGAGAAUGUCCCUUCUAUUGCUCUUAUUCGGGAUACCAUGAUGAAUUGUUGUGGGCAGCAACAUGGCUAUACAAAGCAAGCAGAAGAUCAAUAUAUAUGGAUUAUAUACAAGAUGAGGCUACAAGUGCAACUGUUUCUGAGUUUAGUUGGGACCUUAAAUAUGCCGGAUCACAGAUCAUCCUAUCCGAGCUAUAUUGGGAAGGACAUAAGGAUUUACAAAAAUUUAAGCAACAGGCUGACAGUUUUAUAUGUUCAAUACUUCCCGACAGCUCGGAUCACCAAGUUUUCAUAACUCCAGGAGGUUUGGUUCACCUAAGAGAUGGUGCCAACAUGCAAUAUGUGACAGGCACUGCUUUCCUGUUUAGUGUAUAUAGCGAUAUUUUAGCUAACCACAAACAACAAGUAAUUUGUGGCAACGACAACUUCAACUCUGCCCAUCUCAUGGCCUUCGCCAAGCAACAGAUGGAUUAUGUGCUAGGCAAGAACCCUUUAGGAAGAUCAUACAUGGUUGGAUUUGGGAACAAACCACCCACUCAAGCUCACCAUAGAGGUGCUUCUGUGCCAAGAACAACUACAGCUGAAUUUGUGAGCUGUCCUAUGAGCUUUGUCUACUGGUACAACAAAAAUGAACCUAACCCAAAUGAGCUAACGGGUGCCAUAGUCGGCGGCCCUGACAAGCAGGAUAAUUUCGUUGAUCAACGUUCUAAUUCAUCCAUGACUGAACCCACAACAUACACGAAUUCAUUGGCAGUAGGCCUUCUUGCAAAGCUUGCCAAACAUCAUGAUCAAUCAUGA